GGUCAACGAAGUGUGGGCAGGUGGCUAGCUAGCUAGCCGUUAGCAUCGUGGAGAACACGUCACGCCAAGUUCCUUUCUAAACUUCGGCAAGACGACAUUCUCCCCCGUCUGGGCGAAACCAAGCUCCUGUUUAUGAAAUCUUUCCCUCAGUGUACUCAGAGAGGUCUGAGCCUCCCUCAUCAUGACGGACAACAAGCGUCUGGCUUUCUCCAUCAUCCAGUUCCUCCACGAUCAGCUUCAGUCAGGGAAUCUGUCCUCUGGUGCCCAGGAGAGUCUGGAAGUUGCUGUUCAGUGCUUGGAGACAGCAUUUGAAGUGUCGACCGAUGACCAGAGCCUUGCUGUUCCCGUGACAUUACCGGAGAUCUUCACCUCAGCUACAGCCAAGUACCCAGUUCAGUCGCAGGUCAACAACAACUCCACCCCACAGUCUCUCAGCGAGCAACAGAAAGCUGAGGCUGAGCUACUCAAAUCUGAUGGUAACGAUCAAAUGAAGGUGGAGAAUUUUGCUGCUGCUGUUGAGUUUUAUUCAAAAGCCAUCGCCAUCAACCCUCAGAACGCUGUCUACUACUGCAACAGAGCGGCAGCGUACAGUAAACUGGGGAACUAUGCCGGAGCGGUGCAGGACUGUGAACAGGCCAUCGGUAUCGACCCUAGCUACAGCAAAGCCUACGGCAGGAUGGGUUUGGCCCUGGCCAGCCUCAACAAACAUACAGAAGCAGUAAAUUACUAUAAAAAAGCUCUAGAGCUGGAUCCUGACAACGACACCUACAAAACCAACCUGAAGAUUGCAGAGGAGAAGAUGGAAACCUCCAGUCCAACUGCAGGGAUGGGAGGAGUAGACCUAGCAGGUUUGCUCAGUAACCCCGGCUUCAUGAACAUGGCAUCAUCACUGAUGAACAACCCUCAGGUUCAGCAGCUGAUGUCUGGUAUGAUGUCGGGAGCGUACGGUGGGAUGCCAGGAGGUGCAGCACCCCCUGGAGCAGGAGCCCCCACAGGCGCCGGGCCAGCUGCGCCAGCAGGAGAUUUAUCUGGACUGAUCCAGGCAGGUCAACAGUUUGCUCAGCAGAUGCAGCAGCAGAAUCCUGAACUCAUUGAACAGCUGAGGAGUCAAAUGCGCAACCGCGCGCCCAGCGCUGGAAACGAGGAGCAGCCAUGACAGCACACAUGGUGCGAGACGUUCAGACCAUCUGUCCUUUAUUUCUCUUUUGGAUCAUUAUCACUCGAAGGACUAAAAGGAACUUUUGUUUUUCCAUCAAUGAGUAAUUCCUGCAUGAGGGUGAGCAAGUUCACCGAGGAGCCACAGACCAAAAAUGGCACCACUCCUGUUUGGAGAUUAGAAGGAAGAUUUGAUGUUAACACUUUGAUAUUGGUCAUUGAGGAAUAAUAAUUAACUGCUCUGACAGCAACAAGGUGUCCACGACAGUGGAGCCAGUGGAGCCGAUCAACUCAGUUUUUUCUUCUAAAACCUAAACAGUGUAACUUUAAAUACAAGAAACUUGUUUCAGAUGAAUGUGUGUGAAUGAAUAUCAGGGUUGAAUUAGUGUAAAUGAUCUGAUCCUGUGCAGCAGGUUAAUGUUUGAUUUGAAGAGAUGUUUGAGAAUUAAAAGAGCAUCUCCACGUUUUACCCCA